GAACCCUAAAUCAAACAUCAACAGUUAAAAUAUUUACAUAAGAUAACUAAGUUAUCUUAUAACGAUCAUUUAUAAAUUAACUGUUGACAGUGACACACUUGAAAAGCAACAAAAAAUAAUAUUUAUAACUUUAUUGUCAACGUUCUUUGCAAGUCAUGGUCGCGACCAAGGUUAUAACUUAACACUCAGAUUAUUUUUCAAUAACUAAAUGACUACUGAACAGGUCGUACAGAUAAACUAAAAAAAAUCUCUUAUCUAAUAUUCCACCGAAAAGUUUUUUAACGAAAAAGGUUUCGUUUUAAAAAUGUUUUUCUUAAAACUUUUCGUGUUUUCAUCUGUGCUUGUGUGUGUGUUUCCAUUGGACCCAAGUGUAGUGUCAGUGAAGACCAGUAUAGGAGAGGUCCUCGGCCGGAGAGGAGACCACUUCACCACGUUCCUGGGGCUGCCGUACGGGGAUGUGGACGACAAUGAUCCUCUCGGGCCAGCGACACCACACCCAGACUUCGAGACACCAUUCGAAGCCUUCUCCGACCUAGCGCUCUGCCCGCAGUUCGUCGACGGGGAGGCGACCGGGACCGUCCACUGUCUGCAGCUCAACGUGUACACCCCCAACCACGUGACGGCGGGAGACAAGCUGCCUGUCAUGGUGUACAUCCACGGAGGAGCCUUUGUGGAAGGGAACAGUCGCUUGUCGACCUUUUCUCCCAAAUUCCUAAUCAGGCAUGACGUGAUUGUGGUCGCAAUCCACUAUAGAUUGGGAGCGUUUGGCUUCAUAUGCCCAAGACGGAAAGAAUACAGGAACCAAGGGUUAAAAGACCAGUUUCUAGCUCUUAAAUGGGUGAAGAGAGUUAUUAAAGACUUUGGAGGAGAUAAUGGAAAUGUCACAUUGAUAGGACACAGUGCAGGAUCUAUUUCUGCAGAUCUUCUACUUUUAAAUACCGAAGGAUUAUUCAAUAAAGUCAUUUUGCAAAGCGGCAACGCAGCCACUCCUACUUUUAUUGAAGAUAAUUCGCAACCAACGGAAAAUAUACAAAGCAAUGUUGUUAAUAUGAUGGAUAGAGAAUUUAAAGAUUUAGUUUCUAAUAUGAAUAUCAGUUAUAUAUUAGAAUCUACAUCCAAUGUCACUUUUAGAGUUUGUUUCGAUGAAUUAGUUAAAAAAACUCCAGACUCAGAUUUAGAAGGUUUUAAAAUAAUGUUGGGAACUACUUGGGAAGAAGGAUUGUUUUUAUAUCCUAAUGCAGUUGAAGACAGAAACUUUACUGAGAAUUUUAAUUAUUCAAUCAUUCUAAAAAACACUUUUCCCAAUAUAGAUGACCGUGGCAAUGAAAUUGUCAAAAACUUUUAUUUACAAAACGGCGUCGUUGACUUUUCAUCUGACUAUAUUUUCAAUUAUCCUUCAGAAAGAUCGGUGAGAUAUUAUUUGAGGAAUAACGCUGUGGUAUACAGAUACAUAUUUAAUUACGAUGGCGGCAGGAAUUAUAUGAAGGUAAUGAAAAACAUAACGAUUCGAGGAACAACACAUGCUGAUGAACUGGGAUACUUGUUUGACAUGAGCAUGUUUGACACAAACAUUAGUGACGCAGAUCAACUUAUGAUAGACAGGAUGACGUCACUGUGGACGAAUUUUGCUAAGUAUGGAGACCCCACCCCAUCGCCAAGCCCAGUGUUACCUGUCAGAUGGUCCCCUACGACUGCAGACCAGGGCUCCUACUUGGACCUCGACGCUGCGCUGAGUCUGCGCUCCGGGGGACCAUUCGAGAGAGUGGCGUCCUUCUGGGACCUGUUCUAUCACCACUACGCUAAGUUCUAUAAGGGGAUUGAUUUACACGAUCUUCAUGACUUUGAUAUGGAAAAUGGUAGUGUUAUGAUUAGCAUAUCUUAUUAUUGUAUAUUUUUACUUAUGUUUAAGUUUUUUAUGUAAAUACCAGCUUUAGCCUGCGGGGCAAUCGUAAAUGAUCCCACGGGAACAUUAACUUGGGAUGAAAAACUAUCCUAUGUGUUAAUCCAAGUUAUAAACUAUCUA